CGACCGCUCCGCUCACUGCACACUGCAUCGCAUCCCUGGAAUUUCCUGAAGCAGCUAUCCCGAACCGCUUACAAAGCGAGAAACUAUGUCUGCGCCAAUCAAGAAGACGUUCGUCGUCGAGCACCUGGACCCCGAGCUCGAGUCGUGGUCAUCGCUCGAGUACGCCGCGAUCGCCAGGGAGUCUGACGCUGCAGGAUGCCGCUUCCUCCUAUCUAGUGUGCCGGAGAGCCUGCGCCUGCCCGAUAACCUCGCCGGCAUCAAGGGGCUUGAGGUUGAACAUGACAGCGUGGAGAAUCUCUUUGAGAAACCCACCGUGUGUCUGCUCGAUCCUUCCGCCACGAAGGAGCUAAGCCCGGAAGAUGGCGACCAGUUUAGCGUUUUUCUUUUUGGAGGGAUCUUGGGUGAUGAUCCGCCAAGAGACCGCACAUCCGAGCUCCGUAAGAAGGGCUUCGAGGGCCGCAGGUUAGGCCCCGUCCAGAUGACCACGGACACAGCCGUCCGCGUUACGAGGAUCGUGGUUCAAGAAAGAACACCUCUGGAGAAGAUCCCUUUCGUCGACAAUCCUGAAAUUAGGGUUGACGCCCACGAGAGCACUGAGAUGCCCUUCCGUUACGUCACGGACAAGAGCGGACAGCCGAUCAUGCCUAAGGGGAUGGUGGAACUUAUCAAGAAAGACUCAGAGAGAGGCUUUGGUGAUUUGCUCUAAGCAUAUCCCGGAAGCUAAUCGGUUAAGAAAAACGGCUGCCGUCGCGGCUUGUGUGUGCUUCAUGCCCUGUUCUGCCAUGAAACAAAUUUGUGGAACCCGCGGCUUAUCAUCGUGGGGUUCUCAUACUAUUGUUUAGUGAGGGCAGGCGUGGCCGAGAUACCACUUACUUUCUCCAAAGUGAGAAACGCUGACGAGAUAAAAGUCCAUGGCUAGUAUGGUAGAAGAG